AUGCAGGAGCUGUGCACGGGUGCGCAUACGUGGUGCAGUGCGCGCUCUCGAGGCGUAUUGCACUCUCGCGCUGUACGCCGCAUCGCGUGUGAGCGGGACGCCCGUCGCAUACUGUCCUGCUCGCACGACCCGCAGCGCAGCCUGUGCGUGCGGCACAGCUCCCCGCACAUGAACGACGUAGUGGCUAGCGUGCAGAGAGGCGUGACUUGUUUCCACUGGGUGGCGGAGCUGAAGCUGGUGGUAACUGGCAGCUGCGACGGUGCCGUGCGACUAUGGGACGUGGCGCAGCCUACGCCUUAUGCCCGCCUCAGUGCACCUGCAGCGAUGCCCGUCCUCGACGUGGCAGUCGUGCCACACUUGCACAUCGUAGUCGCAUAUCACAAUAAUUGCACCGUGAAUAUCUGGGACUUACAAGAGGAAUGUUUGCUUCACUCCACUAAGAUCAAGUUCCCUUUCCUCGGGGUGUUGGGGAAGAAGGUGGAGUUUGGGGCAUACUGCAUACACCCAGGGCCACCACGCAAGAAUGAAACAACAGAAGAGUUGCAAGAAGAAACAGCUUCGUCCUCAAGACCGAGCUCCCCACUACCUGGUGAGGAUGACAGAACCCAGUCAGAGAAUAAUCCAGAGUGUUUUAGGUUCAAGUGUGGAGAGGUAGUGAUCACGUGUUGCGAGUACGUGUGCCGCGUGGCGCUGCAGGAGCUGCGCGGCGCCGUGCGCGGCGCGCCGCGGGACGCGCAGCGCGCGCGCCUCCCCGCCGCCUGGCCGCCGCAGCUGCCAGCACCCAGCGGCACCAGCCUAGCCCACUGCACGUGUUCAACCACUCAUUUACAUCUCAUUUGUAAUGCAUACGAUAUUUGA